GAACUCAGUCAUCCAAAAACGGCCUUUCAAUGCGAGAACUUGGGGAGCCGAAGGAAGAAAAUGUCGGUGGCAUCGCAGUAAAUUACUAAAGCUUUGGAAAGAGAAGAGUUGGGGGGAAAAAAAGCGGAAAGUCUCUAUUUUACUUUUUAUAUUUAUUUCUCAAAUGUUUUAAAAGAGAACAUCAGAGGAGAAGCGAGGAAGAAGGAAGCGCAAAGUUACAACUAGAUCUGGGCAUAGUGCAUGGAAGAUGUCUGGAAAGCAAGCCUGGACUCCUUGGAUGAAAAAGAGAAAAGCUCCAGUGUUUUGUGCUCUGGGUGCAGUACUGCUAUGCUGCCUGCAGGGCGGCGCUUCAACAGUUUAUGAGGUGCCGGUGUUCACAGAGGAGCCUGCUUCUGUGGUGCAGAAGCUGGGAGGCAGCGUCCUGCUGCGCUGCAGCGCCCGACCCGCCUCUGCAAAACUCAGCUGGCGUCUCAACGGCAUGCAGCUGUCCAAUGGCGAUCUGGGCUUGGUGCUGGAGCCGGGCAGCCUGCUCAUCCCCACUUUAACCAACCUGACUCUGGGCAGAUACCAAUGUGUGGCCAGCACCGGCGCUGGAGCUCUGGCAAGUGUGCCUGCUAACGUCACCGCUGCCAAGCUGCGGGACUUUGAGCCCGAAGUCCAACAGGAGAUCGAAGUCGACGAGGGCAACACAGCCGUCAUCGAGUGUCACCUCCCUGAGAGUCAGCCUAAAGCUCAGGUCCGCUACAGCGUCAAACAGGAAUGGCUGGAAACCUCCAAAGGAAACUACCUCAUCAUGCCAUCUGGAAACCUGCAGAUAGCCAAUGCUACCCAGGACGAUGAGGGGCCGUACAAGUGUGCUGCUUACAAUCCGGUCACUCAGGAGGUCAAAACAUCCACAUCCACUGAUCGCCUGCGCAUUCGCCGCUCCACGUCUGAAGCGGUCCGGAUCAUCUACCCGCCAGCGCCCCGAUCCAUCAUGGUGACCAAAGGCCAGCGGCUGGUGCUGGAGUGCGUGGCCAGCGGCAUCCCCACUCCUCAGGUGACAUGGGCUAAAGAUGGGCUGGACCUGCGCUCUCACAACAACACACGCUUUCUGCUAAGCAACCUGCUGAUAGACGCCGUGAGCGACGGGGACUCGGGAACGUACGUCUGCAUGGCGCACAACGGCCGGGGCUCGGGCCGAUCCGCCACCGUGCUCUACGACGUUCAAGUGUUCGAGCCUCCUCUGGUGACUGUAGAGCUGCAGCAGCAGGAGGUCGCAUUGGGAGAAACGGUGCGCAUCAUCUGCCAGGCCCGAGGUAAGCCCGCCCCCUCGGUGAUGUGGCUCCACAACGCCCGACCCAUCGCUGCGUCACCCCGCCACCGUGUUACUUCGCGGGCGUUGCGGAUCUCCAACGUGAGCUCUCAGGAUGACGGCCUGUACCAGUGCAUGGCGGAGAACGGGCUGGGCAGCUCACAGGCCUCAGCCCGCCUCAUCACCGUAUCGACCGGGAUUUCAUCACGUGGAAGGCUGCCUCCAAAUUUUCGUCCACUCAGCCCUGAUAAAGUGCUAAAAGAACAGCCUCCUGUUAGGACUGGAGCCACAGGGGCCAUGCUGCCUCUGGACUGCUCCACAUUACCAAGGCAAAUAUUACCCGCAGAGGCCCCUAUUAUUCUCAGUCAGCCCCGCACAGGAAAGGCCGACUAUUACGAGCUCACCUGGAGGCCUCGGCACGAACGAGGGACCCCUGUGCUGGAGUAUGUGAUCAAAUACAGAAAGGAAGGAGACCCUCUUGCGGAGUGGACCACUCGAAGUAUCUCAGGCUCCCUUCACAAGCUGACUCUAACCAAACUGCAGCCGGACAGCCUGUAUGAAGUAGAAAUGGCUGCUAAGAACUGUGCAGGUUUAGGCCAGCCGGCCAUGAUGACCUUCAGAACAGGCAGAGGGCGUAAAGCUCCAGGAGCAUCCAAUGACCCGCCAAAAACUCCAGCUGUCCCUUCGCCAAGCCUCUCUCCUCCUGAAGCUCCAGAUAAGCCAACCGUCUCCACGGCUACGGAGACCUCGGCAUAUGUGACUUGGAUUCCUCGGGGUAACCGCGGCUUCCCCAUCCAGUCCUUUCGGGUGGAGUACAAGAAGGUGAAGAAGCCUGGUGAGGAAUGGGUGACGGCGGUGGAGAACAUUCCUCCGUCGAGGCUGUCUGUGGAAAUCACGGGACUGGAGAAAGGUACAUCUUAUAAGUUUCGUGUGGUCGCUGUGAACGUUAUCGGUUCCAGUCCUCCUAGUGCUCCUUCGAAGGCUUACACGGUGGUGGGUGGGAGAACGCACGAGCGUCCCGUUGAUGGACCCUACAUCACCUACAAUGAGGCUAUCAAUGAGACCACUGUCAUCUUGAAGUGGACGUACACUCCGGUGAACAACACACCCAUCUACGGUUUCUACAUCUACUACCGGCCGACGGACAGUGACAACGACAGUGACUACAAAAAGGAUGUGGUGGAGGGAGACCGCUACUGGCAUUCCAUCACCGACCUGCAGCCAGAAACAGCCUACGACAUCAAGAUGCAGAGCUUUAAUGAGAAAGGCGAGAGCGAGUUUGGAAAUGUAGUGAUCCUUGAAACAAAAGCUCGUCCUAAUAACCAGCGACCUGUUCUAGAACCUGAGACUCCAGACUCAGGAUCUGAAACAGCUGGGGUAUUGGUGCCACGGCCUGGCGAUCUCCCCUACCUCAUCGUUGGUAUCGUCGGACCCUUUGUCUGCAUCAUCGUUGCCUUCAUCCCCUUCUGUCUCUGGAGAGCUUGGGCCAAGCAGAAGCAAGCAUCAGACUUGUGCUUCCCUCCUGUGGCUGCUCCAGUAUCAACGUGUCAGUACACCAUGGUUCCCCUGCAGGGACUCGCCCUGGUCGGACACUGCCCUCUGGAUUCACACAUGACACCUCAACGCAGUGUUUACCCAGCUAACGGGGAAUACAUCCAGAAUGGAAAAGCUCAGCACUGCCUACCAGGACUGCAGCAGGAUGAAGUGGAUUGUGACCUAGAGUGCGACACACUUUUGCCGCAGACAAAUGGACACCUCCCUUAUUACCAGUACUCAAGCAGGGAGACGGAUCAUCAAGAACAGAACUGCUGUUCACCAGAUGAGUCCACUCAUCAGCACCUGGUGUCUUCCUCUCAAAAUUUCACCUCACAGGAUGCAGGAGGCAAAGAUGGGUUUGGUGAUGGAAGGCCCAACAUUAGUGAAAAAGAAGAACCACUCCAUCUCCUGUCACUUGAGGACGAAGAAGAUUUUAUCCCCCCGUACUCUAGAGACACGACGCAACAAUCCCAAGACACGAUACAGGAAAUAAACAUUCUUCCGAAUGAAGUGUCCUUUGACAACAUGGGGACGGCAGGCACAACGGAUGCUGACUCGUAGUGAACAGGGGAAAACAAGAGAAUAUAUUUAUUUUUGUAUUGGAGAUAUUUAUAUAUUUAUGCUUUUGUACAUACGAUUGUUUUAUUACAUUGUAUAUAUGGGUAUUUUCAUAUAAAUAUACGAUUUAUUCAUAUAUUUGCUCACACUAUGUCCUUGACAACAGGAAUCUGUAUUUUUCCAAAGUUGUGAAUUCCUGUUUACUCAGCACUUCUAUUUCAGACCUCUAUUUCUCACCUCGUAGACAUCUAUCCUUUCCCAAAUGUUGAGACCACAUGUGCCUAGCUUUAUGCAGAGCAGAAACAAAGGGUCCAGUUCUCCCAUCUAAUGCUGUUUUUUUAUGAAGUGCUGUCAUCACAUUCUCAACAACUGAAAGCUGCCAUUGUGUAUAGCUGUAACUCAAUAUUCUUUUCUCUUCAUUAACAAUCUAUUAACAAGUGUAUGCAACAUAAAUCAUUGUUCUCAGUAGUCUACAUGAGAUUAUAUAUUGUGUACAGUUAUUUAUUUGCUGGAGUACGUUAUUUUUUUAUCACUGAAUGGGAGAGAUUCUGGAAAAAAACAAAAACUCAGUCAUCAGUAAGCUGAACUUUACUUUGCAGCCACUUCUGUUUACUCUUUUGCUGGUUACCAAAUGACUGCUAGGGUGAGGAACUGGUGACAGUUGUGUUAGUAUUAUUCCUUUCCUCACAGCUCAGAGGAGAAAGUAUUAAGUGAUCAAAAUGAAGGAGAUCCUGAAUCUACACUCCCUUAAGAGUGCAGGCUGUUUUCUGCACAUGCUGGAGCACUAUUGCAUGUAAAUAAAAAGUUUAU